GCCUGUAAACACCCUACCAAAAGCACGGAAUUUCACCCGGCCGGAAUUUCACUUGCCAAAGCAGAGAGUAUGCCCUUGGCCUUUAUACAAGAGCCAAAAUCCGACUCAUGUCCGUUACGCGGGGUCUACCUUAACUCCCUUCCCCUAGUCGCAAAGAAAUCUACCCUGUGACAUCAUACCAGUGCUCCUAUACGACCCAAGACACUGGAUUAAUAACGACAUCCGCUACCAGCACCGCCCUACCUAAGAUUCCCUAACGCAAGAAAAGCGAGUAUGAACACCGCAGACAUAGAGCGGUGCAGAAAACGGAUUGUACAAUAUCUCUGGGACCCAGAACCCAAAAACGACGAGCCAGGCAUGACUAUAUGCGAGGGUCACCAAGCACCACGCCCUUCCCAUGAUGCAAGAGUAGACAUAUGGCCCGAGGAAUUUCUUCGAGAUUUCGAGGCGAAGUUUUGGAUGACUUACCGCUCGAACUUUCCCCCAAUACCUCGGGACUACAACCAUGAUCGCAAGUCCUCAAUGACGCUCGGUGUGCGCUUGCGAAGUCAACUUCUGGAUCCCCAUGGGUUCACAUCCGACACGGGGUGGGGAUGUAUGAUAAGAUCUGGCCAAAGCCUAUUGGCAAAUGCCAUGGCUACACUUCUACUGGGCCGCGGAUGGCGACGUAGUGACGGGAUCUACGAGGAGACAAAACUGUUAUCACUAUUUGCCGACUCACCAGAAGCUCCAUUCUCCAUUCACCAAUUUGUUGGCCACGGUGCGGAAUUCUGCGGAAAGUGCCCUGGAGAAUGGUUUGGACCGUCUGCAACGGCCAGGUGUAUACAAGCCCUGUCCAAAAAAUAUAGCCCAUCAAACCUCCGAGUAUACGUCACAGAUGACAACUCGGACGUCUAUCAGGACAAGUUUAUGAGUGUUUCUAGGAACGAGCAAGGCGUUGUUUGUCCGACACUCAUACUCAUUGGAACCAGGCUCGGAAUCGAUCAUGUUACACCGGUCUACUGGGAUGGAUUAAAAUCCGUACUGCAGUUUCCACAAUCCGUCGGAAUCGCCGGAGGACGUCCCUCGGCCUCUCAUUAUUUCAUCGGCAUUCAAGGAGCGCAAUUUUUUUACCUUGAUCCGCACCAUACGCGCCCUGCAUUGCCGUACCGCGGGGACGGCAUGUAUACGAGGGAGGAAGUUGAUACGUAUCACACUCGUCGCCUGAGGAGAAUUCACAUCCAAGAUAUGGAUCCAAGCAUGUUGAUAGGCUUCCUCAUAAAGAAUGGAGAAGACUGGGAAGACUGGAAAACCCGCAUCGCAUCCACACAGGGAAAGCCGAUUAUCAACAUCGUGCACGAAACAAAUGCAGCCUUCAGCCAAGGCCGAAGGGAGGCUCUCGAUGAGGUAGAGACAUUCGAUGAC